CACCCACCAAUCACACCCCCAACUGGAACACCUCUCAGCACAAACCCCCAGCAUGGCCGACACCUGCUGCUCCAGGACUUGCGUUGUUGCUGCAUCCACCUUGUCUGUCUGCUCCAGCGACCUCAGCUGUGGCAACCAGGUCAGCUCACCCAGUGCCUGCAUCGGCUCCUCCUGGCAGGUGGAUGAUUGCCAGGAGACCUGCUGCGAGCCCACCUGCUGUGCCCCCAGCUGCUGUGCCCCAGCCCCCCGCCUGACCCUCAUCUGUGCUCCAGUGAACUGCGAGUCCAGCCCCUGCUGCCAGCCAGCCUGCAGCAGCUCCUCUCCCUGCCAGCAGGCCUGCUGUGAGCCUGUCUGCUGCAGGCCUGUCUCUUGCGCACCUGUGUGCUGCAGGCUUGUCUGCUGCAGGCCCAUGUGCUGUGAGGCCUACCCCUGCUCAGCCCCCUCGUCCUGCUGCAGACCCUCCUCCUCCGUGUCCCUCCUCUGCCGCCCCGUGUGCCGCCCCGCCUGCUGCGUGCCCACCUCCUCCUGCCAGCCCAGCUGCUGCCGCCCGGCCACCUCCGUGUCCCUCCUCUGCCAACCCUCAUGCUCCAGCCCAGCCUGCUGAGUCCCCGCCUGGGUCUCAGACCCCUGCUGCUGACCUGACACGUCCCCUUGGAGCCAGCAGGUUCCAGGGAUCCUGCCCUCCACCAGACACACUUGAGCUCCCUGACCCCCUUGGCUUGCUUGGCCUGUUCUCCCCAAGUCAGGCUCAGCACACGGAAAAGACCAGACCCCACUGCACCCCAGCCCUGGCCGAGCUCUGGGGGCCUGACCUGCUCAGGGAACUCCUCUCCUGACUUUGGCCCAUGAGUGCCCUGGCUGCUCCAUACCUGCUUCCUUGAUGCCUGGUCAUCCUGGGCCCUGCUGACCUUGGUCCUGGCCUGAGCAGUGUUGCUCUGCAUCUCUGAGCACCAAUAAAAUUUCUGCUGCCCUCACUGGGUCUCCAUGCUGACACCUGGGGCAGGAGGGGUGGGUGUGAGGCCUAGCCCUCCUUUACAUCAUCACAUCUGGGGAACCUGAGGGGCUCCUGCACCUGACACCGGUCCGCCUUGUGCCACUAUUCAGCUGUCCAGGCAUCACCCUAGCCCUGCUGCGCUCCUGAAGCUUUGCUCUUGGGCAAGUCCUGUAGGUACCACCUGGGCUCAGAUCAAAGGACCCCCCCCAACUCCCUGUGGCAGAGGCAGCCUCUCCAGUCCCAGGGACUGCCAGGACCCAGCAGUGCUGGGAGGGGGACAUGGGGUGACUGUGGCAAUUGGCGGGCCCAGCAUCCAGACACCCACCCUCCCAAGAGGACUCACUCACCCACUCACAGAUGCUGGGAGGCCCCGGGCU